AUGACGUCGGUCAAGCGGGUUUUCAGAGGGAGCUACCUCUCCUUCGAUGCCCUGGGCACUCUAUUCGACUUCAAGGAGCCGAUCGCCACGCAAUACCUGAAAGUUGCUCGCAGAUGUGGUGUUACCGCUCCAAUCGCCGAAUCUGACCUCCAGCAAGCUUUCAAGACUGCUUACAAGCAGAUAUCCUUAUCAUGGCCAAACUAUGGGAAGGGCAGCAAGAUAGUUGACAGCCCAGAGACCUGGUGGCAAAUACUCGUGCACUCGACUUUCCGCCGUCUUCUACCAGUGGAAUCGAUUCCAACAGAAUUAGGAUCGGAGACGUACCAGCAUUUCGCGUCUGGCGCAGCGUAUCAGCUACGACCUGGGGUGCUUUCUAUGUUCGAGAAACUGAGAGGCUCGAGGGGCGAGCUGGCAAAUUCCAGUUGGAUGACCUGUGUCAUAUCCAACUCAGACCCUCGUGUAUCCGCGAUUCUGCGCGAUCUGGGACUCAAAGUUGGCGAGGGUCCGCCGGGUCCACCUGCCAUGUACGAUCCGGAGAAUGACAUCGAUUUUGUUUGCACAAGUUACGAGGCAAGUAGUGAGAAGCCCGAUGCUGCCAUCUUUUGGAACGCCAAAGAGUCCAUGGCAGCUCUCGUUGGAGUGCCGCUUGAUGAACUUGUUGCUGAUCGGACUUCUACCGAAGGUGUGCGAUGGAUCCAUGUGGGUGAUGACUUCAAGAAAGAUUGUGUUGGUGCUUCGGAGGCGGGUUUGAUUCCAGUAUAUCUGUGUCCUGGAGGUGUAAUGCCUGGGUCGCAAUCAGAGGUGGCUGCCCUGGGAGGUUUGGCUGUCCAGAUAUUCGAAGAAGUGGCAGACUAUCUAAGGCUCAAAUGA